GUUCGACUAUCUUCGUGAUCCCCGCCCAGGUCACAUGUUUAGAAAGCUUGUCCAGCUGACUGAUAACAACAUUGCAGGCCGGUCGCUUAGGUAGCAGUAGGCAGGGUGGAGAAGCACGCCUACAACCAACUGUCAACAACCAGAAGCUACCUUUAACCAGUUGAUUUGCUACAUCACUUUUCAAGUAUUUCAACUUCAGGGUAGUCCGAAAUCGUAGUCGUCGAGCUUGGAAAGGGGGAGGCUACCAGCGAGAGGCAGCUUUUAGGCUUGGUGGAGAGGGAAACACUCGCUAUAUCCUCGGACUGAACAUGGCAAUCUCCCUCAUCCAAGCCUGCCGCAGUCUAGCUCUCUCAACAUGGCUGCUAUCCUUUUGCUUCGUGCAUUUGCUGUGCCUGGACUUUACGGUGGCGGAGAAAGAAGAAUGGUACACCGCGUUUGUCAACGUUACUUAUGUGGAUCCCGUGACUUCAGAAAUCAAAACAGAGAAGACUGAGUGUGGAAGAUAUGGCGAGCACUCCCCCAAGAAAGAAGCAAGAGGGCAAGUGUUGAUGCCUUUGCUUUUGCAAGAGAGACAAGCUUGCGACCCGAGCGCUAAGUAUCCCCUGCCUUAUCAAAACAAUGCUUGGAUGGCGUUGAUAGCUGCGGGGAAUUGUACAUUCAGAGAUAAAAUUCGCAACGUCGCUGCACUCCACAACGCAUCUGCAGUCAUAAUUUAUAACGUGGGCUCCACUAAUGUCAACGAUACCAUAACAAUGCCUCAUCAAGGGACGGGGGAUAUCGUGGCGAUCAUGAUUCCGGAACCCAAGGGUCGGGAGAUCGCUGCUCUACUAGAACGCAACGUCACGGUGACCAUGCACAUCACCAUAGGAACGAGGAACCUUCAGAAGUAUGUGAGCAGAACGUCGGUGGUGUUUGUCUCCAUCUCCUUCAUCGUCCUGAUGAUCAUCUCCCUGGCAUGGCUCAUCUUCUACUAUAUACAGCGGUUCAGAUACGCCAACGCUCGCGACCGCAAUCAGAGACGUCUCGGAGACGCAGCCAAGAAGGCCAUCAGUAAGCUCCAAGUACGAUCCAUCAGGAAAGGAGACAAGGAAACGGAGUCUGACUUUGACAACUGUGCUGUGUGCAUCGAGGGCUAUAAAGCGAAUGAUGUUGUUAGGAUAUUGCCAUGCAGGCACAUCUUCCAUAAAAGCUGUGUGGACCCCUGGCUUCUGGACCAUCGGACCUGUCCCAUGUGUAAAAUGAACAUCCUCAAAGCGCUGGGAAUACCACCCAACUUUGACUGUGGGGAUGACAUUCCGCCAGACUAUGAGAUGUCAGUGGGAGGACCGCCCACCAACGCAAUCACAGGGGCCAGAGACGUCACGGUGAACGGGGAGGAGAGCUCGGUGGUGCUGGACACGGUGGACAUGGACAGGACGAUAGGGCUGCCUCAGGUUUACCACGACGCCCACGAGACACUACCACAGGCUGGGGACAGCCGACACAUCGCCAGCAGUGAGCACCAGCCCCCGCUGAGCAGCGACUCGGACACCUCCCUUAUCUUGGCUGUGGAGGUGAGUCUGUCCGACAUGGAGCUCUCCCUCGGGCACGACCGUGACGAGGUCAAGUCCUGAGCCAAUCAGAGCCAAGUAGGAAGGAAGCUCACGGGUUCGACAUGGAGAUGAGAAACGGGACCGAAGGGGCAGAGCCUGGCCCCCUGAUGGGAGGUAGUGGCUCCAAAUAAAUAAGAGACAAGCAAGCAAUAGAACCCAUAGCAGUGCAACACACCUGUCUGUCCCCACUGCCUCAUCUACAGGUUCCUCCUGUCCUGCCUCCCUUUUCUGACUGCUGUCAUGUUCAGUCGCCAUGGAAACCAGGCAGCCAAUCACAGCUCUUGUCAUUAGCCUCUGGACUUGGGGUAUAGUUUAGCACCUCUGUUAGUUGUCUCCAUGUCACCAUCACUUUAUUGACUCUUUGGACAUGUGACAUUUUGAUUUCUUUCUACGAGAUCAUCACUGCCAACUUAUUCCAGAAUGAAACACGGAACUCUUUACACCUCGUUAUAGGAAUAUCUAUGUAUACCGUGUAUGGUCAAUAUAAGCCUCCUGCAGCAUGGGCUUUGAGUGUCAAAAACAGUUAGUGCGUGUUCUGAGUGACCAGCAUUUACAUGUGGUAAACUUGAAGCUGAUGUUUUUUCACCAUCUCUGCUUGAAAUAAUUUCCAUAACAUUCAACGCUGUUGGUAUUGUAGCAUUUAUACUAUGCACAUGUUGUCAAGCAUUUCUGAAUAUCCGAUUGUUAAAUUGCAUCCUUAUCCUUCAUUUAGGGGUCUUUAGGACUAUGGUUUAUUUCCACUUCUGAAGUACUGUACACCAUGUGUUGUGGGGGCCAACUACGAGUUUGUUUUACCACAGCAGUUGACAAUCACAGCCCACGGUAAUGGAGAUUUGUAGUGAUGACAUCAGCUACAGCCCUGUUUCAAACUGCUAAAGCUUUAUUAGCACCGCCAGUAACACCGCACAGGAGGCAAUAGUAGUAGCUCUUUGUUCAUGAAGAACAGAUGGGAAUUUAAUUAAAUUUUAAUGUCAUGUCAUCUCCCAGUCGAGCCACCCAAUAGCAUGUGGUGAAAUCUUCUAUUACCUAACAUAACGUGUGUCUGCAGGUCUGUGCAUUUGCUCUGUGCAAAGUUCUUGCAGUUUUAGUUUUUUGUAUUGAUGUUGCUUCUGUUUCUAGAAGCCAAAGCAAGAUGGCAUUGUGGGUUUUGUUAAGUUCACCCAUUGGUUGGAUAGUGAAAAGCACAUCGAAGUUGUCUGUUGAUAAAAGUAAAUGACAUUUGACUAUAUCUGAACUCUGUGUAUUAGAUAGCCCCUAGUCUGAGAAAUCCCAUACCGAGGGCAACCGCACUAGUAUGCUGGAACAUUGGUGCAUUGUGGGAAGCAACUGGUCCAUCUAGAGAGACUAGAUAGCCCAUGGUGAAGGAAUACCAUGCAUUGGUUGUGGCUUUGGUUGACUGUGAAUUCAUUAUGAAAGAGUUGACUAGACCCUGUUGCAGAUAGUUUGUACCUCUUAGUCAUUUCUUCUGAGGAUAAAACUUUUUUUUCUUCCUAUGAUGAAUUUCAAAAUGGUAGUUUUUUCUUUUUGUAUAUUCGUGUAGGGAAACGAAAGUCUGACGAACAGCAUUUAUUUUAGUAUGAAAAUAAGUUUAUUUUUGUAAGAAAAAGAAAAUGGAGGUAAAUGUUUACAGUUCAGGAGAAAUGGAGUGAGAGAAUAGUUGCCUGGUUUCAAGAGCUCACUGGUAAUGCUAAUGCAUUUUGAAUUCAUGGUUUAUGUCCUUCCUCCCCCGAUUUUGACUACUGCUCUGUAAUUGUAUCAAAGGCCAUUUUUUUUAUUUGAGUUUGAUUCCUCUCUCCUUUGGAGUCCCCUCAAGGUUUACAACACAUUCAUUUAUUUACAAAUGUGUACUUUCAUCCUUAACAUAUGAUAAUCUUAUAUUACUUUAAUAUGCAACUUUAGAUUAGAUUUUCGGGCUAAAAAUCUUCAUGAAAUGGCACAAGGCCACUGUUGUCAUCGAGCAUCUACUAUUUGAUACUGCGUUUCUCUUCCUUACUAUGCGUUCGUUCAUUUAAUCAUUGGUUCCUUUAGGCCGCCAACCAAUCAACUCCCAGUUAUGUAAGAAGCUCAUAUUACCCAUAACCCCCACAUGUCCAUGUCAAUCAGAGAAGGAUUACAGAAUCUAUGGGAGAAUGUUGAAAUCUCCCAUGCUUAUGCAUUAGGUACAUCUGUAUGCCCUCCUAGUGUGUCAGACUCCUUACAUUUAGCUUUGUUUUGCAGUAUCAGUUUGUGAAAUACACUACAUUUGUGUGAUUAAUAUUGUAUAAGCGUCAUAAAUGUAUAUUUGAUUAAUCGACUGAAUGGAGACUGAAGAGUGAUGCAUUGAACAUGCCUCAGUUAAAAGCAUAUUCUUCUCAGUUAUGGUCACUUUUUGCGUUCCGAUUCUCCACACUUCACGUAAUGGAUUUUAAAAUGGUGGAAACGCCCUCCAGCCAAUGUUUACACCAAUCAAGUGCUUUUAAAUCAGUGAUGGGAACUGCACGGUAUGGGAGAAGGGAAGAGAAUGGGGAUUGAGUCAUGGAGGUGUUAAGUGCGCCACCAUAACUCAUGGUAUCCUUGGCCAGAAUACUAGAGAUCCAUUAAAAUAUGGUAGUCUCAUCUUGCCUCUCCACACACAGCUCUACAGUUGAUACUAUGGUCUGAGGGCCCUAGAAACAACUAACCGUAUUUGAUUUCCCUCUGGGGGUUGGUUUCACACACACACCACACCACACAGUUUCCAUGUGCCCGUUUGUUUGUAUUGCACAGGGGGACAAGAUAAGAGGAAGCAAUUAAGCUCGGGGGGCAUUUUGUACCAGAGGGUUUUGAUAGAUCCUGAUUGUACUGUGUGUGUGUGUAUGUGUCUGACAUCUUCACUUGCGUGAAGCCAGAACAUUUAAAAGCCUUUAAUUGCUUCCUGUUUCAUGUAAGGGGUCGUGUUUAAUUGACUUCACUUCCUGAAAGGUCAUUCUCUCAUUCUCAAACUUCUUACGUCCACUUAUUCCAACAACUCUUUUUUUUAAUGACCAUGAUGAAGCAAUAUGGCCUUGAUUUGAACGUAAUUUGAAUGAAUAUCUGUGAUAUUCGUAAUGAACACUUAUAGAAACCGGGGUGUUCUUCCAAAUAUAAAGUAAUGAAUGCACAUAUUAUAAUCUUAUAGUAGUUUAUUGUUUACCCCAAUGAUGGUAUAAUUACGUCAGGUAUACAUAAGAUUACAUAAUAGAAACUCAUAAUUUAAAUAUAGCUUUUAGUUCUCUGUCUUUAACUGGUUGUGUACCAGUUGUGUACUACCUAGAAUGCACCUUUUCACUUGAAGGAGAGUUCUAUAUACUACAACGAAAUGGCACAAAACAUCUUUUGAAUGCGGUUGACAGUUGACACAACCAUGUUUUUAAGAGAGAGGGCUACAAUAUUGGAAAUGGCACAUUACAUAAUUGUCACUGUAUAUGUGCUGUUUAAGAGUCUGUGUUAUUUUAUCUAGACUUGUAUAUCAGCUGUGGGUUUGGGGAAUGUUACGAAAAUGUUGAAUGCUAUAGCUAGCAGAACUCUACAGUAUUGCUAUUUUGUUAUAUAGAGGAAUAUGUAAAUAUUUUUGGCAGUGUUAAUGAUAUACAGUACAGUUCUAUAGUACAAUGUUGCACGUGUGUGAGUCUGAUUGUGAGGUACAAUACAUUUUAUUGCAAGUUUUUCCAACUGUGGUGAAGCUGUCUGGUUUCUAUUUCGUUAUUGUCAAUAAUGUUUAUGUCAACCCUCUCUGAUACCGUUAGGAUGAGCCAAUGCUAUUGAAAUGAUUUAUUCUGACAUGAUUCAUUGGCCAAUAUGUAAAUGACCAUCAUAUGUUCCAACGAUAUAAGCUGUUCUCUGCUGUUUCGUUACGAUAUGCACACUAGCAUACUACACUACAUGGCCAAAAGUAUGUGGACAUACCUUCAAAUUAGUGGUUUCUGUCACACUCAUUGCUGACAGGUGUAUAACAUCGAGCACCCACCCUUGCAAUCUCCAUAGUCAAACAUUGGCAGGAGAAUGGCCCUUACUGAAGAGCUCAGUAACUGUCACCGUCAUAGGAUGGCACCUUUUCAAAUUUCUGCCUUGCUUGAGCUGCCCCGGUCAAUUGUAAGCACUGCUAUUAUGAAGUGGAAACGUCUACGAGCAACAGCGGCUCAGCCACGCGCAAGCCUAUGAUCACUAUGCCAAGCGUCGGCUGGAGUGGUGUAAAGCUUGCCGCUAUUGGACUCUGGAGCAGUGGAAAUGCGUUCUCUGGAGUAAUUUCUCUGGAGAAAUGCGUUCUCUGGCAGUUGACGGACAAAUCUGUGUUUGGCGGAUGCCAUCACACCCUCUCACAUAGCAUUGUAAUUUGAGCCACCUAAUACGGUUAGUUACACUUUUUUAUUUAACUAGGCAAGUCAGUUAAGAACAAAUUCUUAUUACAGUUACGGCCUACCCCGUCCUAACCCAGACGAUGCUAGGCCAAUUGGGCACCGCCCUAUGGUACUCCAAAUCACAGCCAGUUGUGAUGCAGCCUGGAAUCAAACCAGGGUCUGUGGUGAAGCCUCUAGCACUGAGAUGUAGUUCCUUAGACCACUGCGCCACUCAGGAGCCCGACACAUAAGAAUGGCUUUCUGGAAAGGAGAACCAGCUGGGACAUUUUAGGGCACUCAUGGGAGGACAGGGAUACUUCUAGUGGAAAGAAUGAGAGAUAAUUAUGUUUUAGUACUACUUAGCCUACAUGGGAACACCGCUAAAACUCAUACAUGUGUAAGUGAUUACUGUUAAGAUAUUUUAUCAAGGUUUAACAUGAAUGAUUAAAUAAUUAUACUCAAACUUAACCAGUAGGGAUAAGAGGUUCUGUAGCAUGGAUAAGGGGUAAUUGGAAAUGAUAACCAUUGUGGAAGAAGGAAUGAAUGUGUGUGUUUCUAAAGUAAGCAAAGAGGUCAUUAACCUAUGUUUGAACCGACUCAGCUAUAACUCUGUGGCGAUCAAAUAAGACAGCAAGAGCCCCUCCAGGUUUUCCUUAUCUGGAACUGUCUGCUAAGUGGUAAUAAACUAUGGUGAGACUUCAGGAGUUAAUCCAGAGACAGUGUGUCAGGUAUGGGUGCUAGUGAGUUGGAAUUAACUUUUGAACCUGCUUUGUCCUGGUCGAGAGGAGGAGAUACAUUUUAUAACCUAUGACGUCAUAUGUGAUAUAUAAGCUGUUGUACAUGGUUCUAUGAGCAGCGCUCUCGAGAAUAAAUGCUAUUGGCUCAUUUUGGUAGACUGGCCUCUGUCUAUUUUAUGCAAAUAAGGAUCUUACAAAUUCUUAGAAACAGAGUGAUUUUAAUUGAAUUGGUUAAUGAACACAUGUAGGAAUUGCUAAAUUCCUUUGACCAUUACACUGAACAAAAAUAUAAACGCAACAUGUAAAAUGUUGAUUCCAUGUUUCAUGACUUGAAAUAAAAUAUUCCAAAUGCUC